AGAAAACAUCUGAUGGCCACAGUGCUUCUUGAAGGCCUAUGUCCAUCGUUUCUUUCAAGGUUAGUUUGUGAUUUCCUACCAUUGCAUAGACAAGGCCAGGUGAAAAAACACUUACACUUGAAUUGCUUGGCUGCUGAAGAAUUCAAUAAAAAUGGGGAACGCACCAUCAGAAAGUAACAUGGGUGCUAGUCUGAGAUGCACUAAGUGUUAUAAUGUCCUGCCUCCAUGCCGUAAUUUCUCAGAUUACUACCAAAGUACUAUUAGUGGCAAGAAUGUAUAUGUUUUCAAUGGAGGACAAUAUUUCCGACCAGUUGGCUACGACAAUGCCUACAUUUGUUCAAGUUGCUUUUAUGGGCAAAUCAAUGCUGAAGAACAACAGAGAAGGGAGCAAGAGAGGCAGAGGGAGGAGCAGAGGAGACUUGCAGAGCAAAGGGCAAAAGAAGCAGAAGAAGAGAAGAGGAGGCAAAACGAACUGAAUCAAAGACUUGAAAAAUCGCACCAGCAAGCUCAAGACCAGAAACAACUGAACAAUAUCAUUUCGGAGGAACAUGAGUCCAAGCGACAGGUUUUGAUAAGCCAUCUGGAUGAGUUUGAGGCAAACUAUGAAUCAGACAGUGAUACACUUCUAGAAACCCUCUCAUCAAAAUGCAGCAUCUCUAUUUCAAAUCUUAGUCUCAAUCAGCUUACUGCUGAUCAGCUCGGGAGCAUCCUCUCAGCCCUGGACAAACUCCUGUUUGAUGAAUGGAUCAGUGCUCCUCCAUCUCUGAGCACUCUGCAGCACACCCAAGUGUUCAUCACAGAGAUGUGUGCCCUAUCUCUGGAUACGUCCGAUGGACUUUCCCUACAAAGCAUCUCCCAUCGUGUGCAGUCCGUGGUAGAGUCCAUUAGUCAAUCAGCAUGCAAUGUUUCUGAGAGUUUCCUGCUGACUCAAGCCCUGUACCUGAACCUGACACACUUCUUCUCGUACCAUGAUAGCUCUGAUAACGAUGCCGUUCUCAUAGCCGAACGAUGGGCUGAGGAUGACCUUUCCACGGAGGAUCUUUUUCUUAUAGAAUUCCUUGGUACCCUCACAUCGUCGCUACAAAAUGUAGUUGAAAGAGAAUCUGUGUUCAUUUUAAAGAUGGAGAUCCAGUGCUUGAAGCUGUUGCUACACACACUCACACAUCUAAAUGACAAGGAAAGCCACUUGGAAUCCACCAAAGGGCUCCUGAGGCUUGUGCAAGCAAACCAAUGGACCCCAGCAGAGGCAUUGACUCUGCUCCAAGCACUGUCAGAGCAAUAUGCAGAGGAUGCUCCUAUAACUGAAGUGCUCACAUUGGCACAUGUGUAUGACAUAUCACCAGAGUGGACAAAUGACUCGGGACACUCUCUUAUCCAGGCUCUGGAAUUUGCUGGGCCUGAGAGGUUCCAACAGGAUUUCCGAAAGGCUAUCAGAAAGCAAAAUGAGGGCAGUCUAGAUUAUAUUCUGGCAGAAUUGAAAACUUCCAACAAUUUGGAUGAUUCUGUCAUUGAUACGAUUAAAAACAUUACCACCAGUGUCCUACUGUAUGCAGAAAGUGCCCCAAAAGAAGAACCAUUUAUUAAAGAUUCCUUUGAAUGUGCAAACUUGAACACAGAAGACAUCCAAAACUCUCUGUAUCAGCUCUGCAAAGCCGUUUUUGACACAAAAGGCUGGUGGCCCAUAGUACAGCAAAUGGUGAGGUGGUGUGUGUUGGUGUUGCCUGAGACAAGCAGUGUGCAAAAACUGGUUAGCACUGAAGAGGACCCAUGUGUCAUAGCCAUGUUUGCAGCCACACAAGUCCGCAUGGGAAACAAACUGGACAUUGUGUUAAACUCUGAUUUUCACUCACACAAGCAAACUGAGGAGUGGUCUGACUUUUAUAAGCACCUUGGAAUUUCCAUCAACAUAAACACGAAGCAAAUGAACACAUCACAGAGGAAUGUUUAUGAAUCAGACAUUGUGUAUGGUACCAUGGAUGACUUUGUCUCUGAUUACUUUCAGUUUGGCUUAGAGGUGUUGGAGACAAGACAACCUCAUCUUAGUCGUCAAUUUCUCAUUGGAGAAAGAAGUGUCGGUGCUUCCCAUAAUCUGGAACUUUCAAGGCUCAAGGAAAAUGAUGCCCUGUCAUUUGGUGCAGAGAUUCUGCAAAGUCUCAUGGGCAAUUUCCACAUUGAGGAUACAGAGCUGAGACACAGUUUUAUUAAGGCUAUGUUUCAGGUGCUCCACACUCACCUAAACAAAGACAUAGACAGUGACAGUAAAAUCAUCUUAAUUUCUCAAAAACUUACCAAAAAAGAAUUGCCUACAAAUGAGGUCUUCAUUCUGAGCUUCCUUGAAAAUCUCCUGGAAGUUACUGAAAUGGAAACAGAGGACAGUUCAUCUCCUGCAGCCAAAUGGUGUUUGGAUGCUUUAUUUGCCUGUGCAAGCCAAUUUCAAGCCUCCAAAACACAAUUCAGAGAACUCCUCCAGAUGGUUUCAAAUCUUGUGGCACAAAGACGUUGGACAGCAGUAGAGGUCUUAAACCUCCUUGUUACAUUAACUAACCACUGCCACGAAGAAGAUUAUAUUUCCAUCAUAACGAUUUUACAUUUGAUGGAAAUGUAUCAGGUGUCUUCUGACUGGACAGAUGAAUCAAAACAAUCUCUCCUUCAGGUCUUAGAUUCAUCUGAGAGUGAGAAUCUAAUUGAAUAUUUAGAAAACAGAUUCAAAGAUGAGAAGGAAAAAAACACUGAGACUCUUUUUGAUGAACUAAGAAAGAUGAAAAACAUUGAUGAACAAACGCUGGAGAACUCAAAGUGCAUAGUAAAUUAUGUAGUAAACCUGAUUGAAUCUGGUGAAAUUGAAAACCACAAAGAUGUCCAACAAGCUCGGAAUCUGUGUUGUAGCACAGACACAGACACAGGAGAUCUUGGAGAGAUCUUGGCAGUCUUAUGUAAUGCUGUACACCUGCACAAGUUUGAAGGAAAGUGGUGGCCCAGAGCCACCCAAAUGAUAAGCUGGAGCCUUUUGGCCUUGUCUGACACUGGCAAGCUUCUGGAGAUGGGAACGGGAGAAGGGAAGUCUUGUGUCAUAGCAAUGUUUGCAGUACUGCGUGCACUUAGGGGCGAAAAAGUAGAUGUUGUGUCCAGCUCUUCUGUGUUAUGUGAAAGGGAUGCAAAAGAAUGGGCCAAGUUCUACUCUCACUUUAACAUCACAGUUGACACAAAUACAGAUAAAACAACUGAUGAUGGAAGAAAAAUAUGCUACAAGAAGGAUGUGGUCUAUGGAACAAUUGAAGCCUUUGCUGCUGAUCAUCUUCGGCAGAUAUUUGAGAUGAAGAAUGUGAGACCUGAUCGUGGUUUUCAGUGCAUCAUAAUCGAUGAAGUGGACUCACUGCUGCUGGAUCAGGGAGUGCAGCUGACCUACCUGUCCAGUCCCAUGGUCUCCAUGCAGCACCUGAACAUUAUUCUGGCCAUGAUCUGGGGCCAUGUCAGCCAGUAUGGCUUCCUGUCGACGGGACACAAGACAUUUGUUCAAGGUCCACCUACCCCAUUCUUCAAAGCAAUAUUUGACACAAUUGACACAGAAGGAACUGGAAUUGAGGACCCCUUGGAUAUUUUAGUUAUUGCUGAGGACUCAAAUAAUGUGCCAAAAGGAUUUGCACAGGAUAUCUGUGAAAGUGAAAAAGAUGAAGCAAACAUGAAAGAUUUAAUUAUCAGGAAACUCAGAACUGUAAGUCAGAAAGCAGUUGUAGAUUUUCUCAGGGCAAUGGAGCAAUAUGUCCCUUGUGCUUUUACUGUUUAUACUUUGGAUGACAAUGGAUUGCUCUUUCUUGAAAAGCCCAGCACUUGCAACAAUCAGGACAUUCCAGAGCAUACAUUUCUUGUUUUGGAGGAAGGCUUGUGUUGUUCUCUCUAUGACUCUGAAGAAAUUCUCAUCAAGCCUAUUGCAGAAUUAGUCUCGGAGAAAAUUCAAUACACCCCAUGUGAAAACACGAAAGAGAAAAUCAGCAUCCCAGGAUUCCUAAGAAAUCUGAUUGAGAAGAAAGUGUCAGUGUGGGUUCAGAAUGCCUUUCUGGCAAUAAGACUGAGGCAAGGGUGUGAAUAUGUUGUUGAAAAUGAUAGUGUCUGUCCAGUGGAUUUCAGAUCCACUGGCAUUGUAGAAGUGAAUAAGAAAUGGGGUGAUGGUCUACAGCAGUUUGUUGAGAUGAAACAUAAAGUCAAAUUGAGCACAAUUUCAACAGUAACAAACUAUGUUUCUAAUGUUUCCUUCUUUGAAAAAUACCAUGGGAAAAUAUAUGGAACAACAGGAACCCUUGGGAGUGAAACAGACAUGCUGUUUUUGGAGGAGCUAUAUCCAAAUCUCUCUGUCUGCAAAAUACCAUCUUUCAAUAAGAAAAAGUUGUUUGAGGUGAACGGUAUUCUGAAAACUUCAGAUGAAGAGUGGAAGGCUGAAAUAAAACACGUGGUUAUGACUCAAAUUUCCCCAAAUUCAUACAGAGGUGGAAGAGCCGCCCUGGUGAUCUGUGAAACUAUCAAUAAAGCCAAAGAGAUCUACGAAGAGCUGAAAAGCAUCAUGACAUCAGAUAAAAUCAUUCUCUACUGCCGCAAUGACAAAAAUAGUUUGAGCAAAAUAGAUACGGAAUUGCUUCCUGGUCAUGUCAUUGUUGCCACAAACCUUGCUGGGCGCGGCACAGACAUAAAAGUAUCCGGACAGGUGAACAGCCAUGGAGGAUUGUUUGUGAUUCUCUCCUUCCUCUCUGAGAACACAAGAGUGGAACUCCAGGCAUUUGGCCGAACUGCACGCAAAGGGAAGCCUGGAUCGGCUCAGGUAAUCAUGGCCACUGAUCAUUUGCAGGAUUCAUUCGGAACAGUGUCUUCUCUGGAAGAGGCAAAGAAAGCAAGAGGUAAGCGUACAGUAGAAAAGAUAAAUGACAUGAUGAACGAUAUCAGUGAGAUGAAACUGCGGGAGGACCUGUUUUCAGAAUACUGCAGAACCCUUGAAGAAAUUUACAGAAAAAAAGAUGGAGAUGAAGAAAAAGCUUUUGUUGCCAUCAUGAAUGAAUUCUGGGGAAUAUGGCUGCAAAUUAAAUCAGAAGAAAUUGACCAGUUGAAAAGAGAUGAAUUGCUAAAUAGCUUGAAAGCUGAUUUGUCUCUGGCAGAAAGUCAAUGUGAAACUCAGACCUCACCAUGUUCUAGCAUUUAUCACUACAUCAAGUUUGGGAAUAUUGCUCUGGAUGAACAAAAAUGGGACGUCAGCACUAGAUUAUUUGAAAAGGCUAUGAAUCAAGAUGCAAGUUGGGCAGCCAUAGCUUUUUACAGCCAUGCAUACUGCACUAUAAUGCAGAAGAAGGUAGAUUACCUCAAAAAGGCCAGAGAGGAUCUUAACAAAGCUCAGGAUUCUCUGGAGUUUCUCAGUGAGGAAUGCACAGUUUGUCUGCAGUUUGUAAAAAUGUCUUUUACUGAUUCAACCAACAUAAAUCCAACCAGCCUUGAGAAACAGUUAACAGCAAAGUGCAAAAUGAUCAGUUACUUUGAUCAAAACAUUAGUGAGGCUAUCAAGAAGUUGGAGGAUAUAGAACAAAGAAAGGUAGUCGCAACAGCCAGUAAUCGACCUGUAGUAAAACUGGUGGAAAUCGCUGAUGAAGAUUUCCAAGAAGAGGCCUACAAUAUGUACAGUCAAGGUCUAAAAUAUGCCUUUUCUGUGGAAGAGGAGCCUAAGUUCAAUUGGCAUACUCUGAUAGUGUUGGCUCUGGGAUUAGUACAAAUUGCUGCAGGGGCAGCGCUUGCUAUACUUACAGGUGGAAUUUUUUUUACCAUCGGCAUGGGCCUUAUCGGUACAGGAAUAGCAGACUUAGCGAACAGUAUCAAGUCCAUGGUGACAGGAGAAUUCAGUUGGAAAUCAUGGGCUAUUGACAAAGCCAUUUCUAUCUGUAUAUCUAUUUUUUGCUUUGGAGUUGAAAAACUAAUUCCGAGAAUCAGAACACUGGUUGGAGUGGCCAAUCCCACUGUUGAGAGAUCUACAGAGUUGGUUGAGGUAAUAGGCAGACAAUUGAAGCCAAUGCCAGAGUUUCUCUCCAGACAGGCUAAAAAUAGUCUUAGUGUUGCUGCAAAUACAAAUAUGAAAAAUGUUGUGUCACUCACUGCAGAGAAAAUUGGAAAAGAAAUCAGCACCUAUGGAUAUGGAAAGGCAGAACAGGAAAAACUGUCAGAAAUACUAAAGUUCAUUAAAAAUGACAUGAAUAAAGGAAUUGCUGAUGACGUGAAAGCCAACAUGGAAAAGGAGUCUUUGGCUGUAUUAGUAGACUCCAUUAUACUCUCACACCUUCAGGAUAAACAGCAAUUUACUGAUCUGCUGCAGGAUAGGUCUAGAAAGGAUAAACUUCUGGCCAUUUUCAAAGACUUGGGCAGCACUGCCUUACAACCAUUCUAUGCAGACCUUAGCUGGCAGAAUAAGCUUAACUCAUCUAUUUCCUCAGUGAUCACCAGAGUUCAAUCAGAAAACAAAGACACAAGUGCCAUUCUGACUGCCAUCCAAGACAUCCACAUAGGAUCACUGAUAGAAGAAGCCACCAGUACUGUGCUCAGCCUCUCAAACAAGUUUUUCUCAAAUCUUCAUGAUGACCUGAAUCAAUUUAAAAAAGAAAAUGGUCUGGCAGAGAAAGUCAAUCCAAAUGAGCUGCCUGCUUCACAAACUGAGAUGCUGAAAGAAUUCAAGAGUGAUUUAGCUGACACAAUCAGUGCUUUGUUAGCGGAUGAUUUGGGAAAUGUGUUUCAAAAGAAAUUCUCAACUCACAUUGUUUCUCUUGCCCAAAAUAGAGUAAAUGGCAUUGUUUGUGAUUAUGUGACAGCUGGCUUAAAGAGUGACAGGACAGAGGAAAACCUCAGAGCUGGACAAAACAACAGUUUCAUUAAAGAUAUGUCAGUAGACCCAAAUUCACAAUUUGUGAAAGAGCCAGAAAAACACUCUCAGUUACAUGCUGAAAAGAUCAGGGAAUCCAAGACACCAGGAACCAUUCUCGAUAUAAGAAUCCUGUCAGAAACCCUUGGCCUUAAGGUUGUCAUCCAAACAGAGGACCGCCAUGGGAAACGUGUCAUAAUGCAGGAGCUGAACCCAGGAACUAAACCUGCCAGUGAAACUGUGACGCUGAUCUACAGACCGAAGAGUGACCAAUACCCAGAUGGCCAUUAUGAUGUGCUCAUCAAUAAUCAGACAGUGAGUGUAAACAAAGACAAAAACUGCCUGUUUUAUGCUUUGGCAAAGGGCCUGAAACCAGAGGCCAGUGAAGGAGACAUAGCCUCGGAAGCAGACCACCUGCGAUCUGUGGAAGCCAACGUUCUCCUGAAACACCCAGGCCAAUGGGAACCUUUCAUCAAGCGCAAAGAGUGGACCGAAACUAUCAGAGGAGGGGACUGGUACAUGGCAGAGGGAGCAGCAAGAGAGAAAAAAAUGAGAAGAAAUAAAAUUAGAGAAACUAAAAAGGUUCUUACGGAACACGUUGUGCAAGUGAAACCAUACAAAGAGUUGCGAAAGGAAGCAAAGAACAAACCAGGGAUUGGACAAUUCAUGAAUGCAGACCACCAGCUGCCUGUAAGCAGUAUUCAUAAAGCAUUAGAUUUGAACCAGAACAGUAAAUUAGCUAAAGCUAUGUUUGGGACAAGCGCAUCUCCACUGGAUGGAAACCUUGUACAGAAAAUAUACAGUGAUCAUGGACCUGGACUUCCAACUCUGUAUGUACCAAGUGAGAUUUGUCGACAGUACUCCAGUACAAAAUCCAAAAAAAUCAGGGAGUUAUUGACAGAAGCCAUAAACAGGGAUGAUAUUGUCGCCACCUUCAAACUGACCAUCCUUGGUGCAAUGCCCAGGUUUAUGCAGGACAACUCCAGGGGCUUCAACAAUUUUCAGAAUACAGAAAUGAGUCGUACCAGACUGAAAGUUUUCCAGGACAGUUUUCCAGAACACUCUAAGGAAUUAGUAAAUGCAUGGUUCAGAGUCCUGGAAGACAAUUCUGAUCUCAUGAAGCCAGAGAUUAAAGAAGAAAUGAUUACCUGGAUUGACCAGAAAACAUAUGAUGACCUAAAUGAUCCAUACAGGAACAAAGUCAUUAACACCCUUCAAUAAAGGACAUUAAUGAUUCAUGAGGAGCUGUUUGGUCAAGAGGAAGUAUCAUGCAGGAAGAGACUUGCAAAUGAAUGUGGAAUAUUUGAAACAAAAGCGACCAGAAUUUAAAUGCCUAUAAAUACAAGGUGUGUAAGGCAGAGUUUGGUCCAACCUCCAUUUCAGUCCAAAUAGUUUGUUCAAAUCCAGUAUAAAGAGAAAUAUCUGCUAAUAUUAAUGCAUGUUGUUUCAUGUUUUGAAAUAAUGAUCUUAAUGUUUCUGUUAGAAUCUAGUUUUAAAAUCGGAAACUAACCUGAAUGAUUAGUGCAUUUUUUCUGCUGAUUGCAAUUUUAACACAUUUAUGUGUAAUUCACUUUAAGAAGUUUUAAGUCCAUGCCUUAUUUAACAAAGGGACAAUCCAAUGACAGUUCUAGUUGCAAGGAUGAGUGUUAACAGCUGUCUUUCACUUGAACGCAAUUGCAUGGAAUAUUUUUGGAAAUUUACUUAAGAUUUCUGUCAGAAAGGCUAUUCAUUAUUGCAGCAUGUGCAUUUUUUAUGUGGAAUACUUUAAAGAAAAGCAACCCGAAUUUAAAAGCCUAUACUGCAACCUGUAUUAACAAAUGUGUUUGUUCAAAUCCAGUGGAAAGAAAUAACUGCUAACAUUUAAUGCAUGCUGUUUGGUGUUUUGAAAUAAUGAUCUUAAUGUUUCUGUUAGAAUUUAGUUUUACAAUGCUUGUUGAAUGUUUUUGAAAAUGUACUUAGAUUUGUUUCAGAAAGGCUAUUAAUUAUUGUGACAGUGACAAUCUAUGUAUUCUUCAUUUGUCCUUAAAUCGACCCCACUCACCAUAUUUCCAUGUUUAUGAACAUAUUAAAGAA